AUGCUAUCGACAUUUCUGUUCCUUCCUAUCGUGAUGUGCGAUAGGUUGCUAAGACUUAAGCACAAGGACGGCCUAUACGUCACCAACAAUGAUGGAACCCUGAAGCUCGAGUGCCCAAUGCUACCCAGUAUGUCUGACCAGCGUGUUGUCGUCCACAACCGGGCCCUUUACUUCUUCAAGGAUGGAAUAUACUACACGCUAGCGAUGACACACGGAGGACUGGAAAUCAAGUUGAUUGUUUACAAUGCCAUAAGCGAGAAGGGGAUAGGAUUUCUCUCUAGCCCGACCUUUCGGCCACGCAGAAGAAAGAUAGAUCCGUUUGGCUAUCUAUCCCACGCAGGCCACAAGGAGAACCCGGGUGAUGCGAGAAAAGAAAAGGACAACCUUCCAGCCAACAAAAUGAAAUCUGGCCUGCAAAGAUCCAUGUCUGGAAGCGAAAGGCCCAUUGCUCAGAAGAGAAAUGAGCGGAUCCCAAAGAUCCAGCCAAGGGAACAUGGAGAGUACAGCGAGGAUCGUGCGGGAUGGAGAGACAGAGGCUCCCGCCAAGUGAAGAGGGAGAAAUCCCAGGAGGCAGGCAUCAUUGAGGAAAGACCUAAGCCAUCCAGGGAGGGGCUUGACGAGGCUGAAGAGCCUGAUAAUGAUAGCACGGGUCCCAAGCAUGAUAUCCCUGCAGAACCACGCCUAAAUGUUGAGAUGAGUAGCGUUCUGCGAAGAGUAGGGUUUCCAAAAAAGACCGGUUUAGCUCGGCAAUCCUAUGUUGUUGAAAGUGAUUCCAAGAUGGAUGAGCAUGAGUUUGGGUAUAUCAUAAAGAACGUGCUGAUCUCAGAAAUCGAUAAUAAGGGGCAUUUUACAUUAGUUGGGGGAAACAACGCCUGUGUUACGUACUACAAGGGCUCAUUUGUCUUUAUGCCGUGUUCGCGUGCCCCAGAGCAGAUAUUCAAAUUGGAAAGCUCUGAAGAGGUAGCGAAGAGGGGAAAGCCCUUUGGUCCAGAAGAUCCCAAGGUAGGUGAGAGCCAGGACGUAGCGGCUCUCGACUCGACCGAGAGUGAGGACGGGAAAAAGGAGGAGGAUCUUUACAAAAAUCCUCAGAGCCGGUUUUAUUCUUCUAAAAGUACUUCUCGCGAUACCAGUAAUUUUAUAGCGACGAGCACCAAGGCAGACUCCAGGGGCACCUACAGAAGUCGAUAUCUUAAUGAUAGACCGGAAAAAGAAGAACUUCAUGUAGGGUAUUCAAAGCGAGAUGGCCGUGACGAGCUCUCCAGAAGCGCUCUGAAUCUCGAGAAUGUGCACGAGCCUCUGAAGAUUGAUGUGAAGACUACAAAAACAACAGUCGGAAUAAAUCCAGUUGGCAAUCAUCAUGUCCAAGAGGAAAACAACAGAAAAGACUUAGACUACAAGCCAAAAGAAGCAAAUAGACGUCAAAAGCUGAGCCUUGAUGACGAUUUUAUGGAUAAAUUCAGGGAACUCCUAACAAACAGCGACCUCAACAACUUUGUUUAA